UACACGUUUGUACACACGUUUCGUUUUGUGCGUUUUGUGUGCCGUCUACAAAGGCAACCGCCUUUCCAAUCGUAAGUCGUUGAGAAGUGCACGUCGGAGGGAGUGACGUUAGAAUGGGAUCAGGGUGUUCCCGUCCAUCUCUUCUUCCCGUCACAACGUGCGGCAGCGGAAGAACAAUAGAAACGCGAGAUGUAGUGAUCAACAUACAUGAAAGAGGAUUUUCAGUCUCUUCUGUAGCUAUAUAUUCUAGACAAAGUGUGUCGUGGAGAUGGUGUGAGGGGUUUCACAACAUCAUGCAGGUGACGUGCGAUGGAGGAAGAUUGAUGGCAGUCAAGGGAGGCAUUAAGAGUGGGCUGCAGCGAAAUGCAGGAAAUUUUUCUUACGAGUUUCAGAUACCUGGACGGUACCAGUUUGUGAGUCAAGGGCAUAAUCCAUCUGUAUUACUGGAUGUCAGUGUUGUUGCAAGACGACCAAAGACAAUAAAGUUGUCUGAUGAUGGCUUUAGCCCACGAUACUUGGAAGCAAAAUUGGGAGAAACCAUUAUAUGGAACUGGAAUGAAUGUGUCAGACCACAAGCAGUUCGCAGAGUCUAUUUCAAUUCAAAGUUGGGAAAAUUUGAACACAUGGAUCAUGAGAUAAAUUAUGUCGCGCCAUCAAUUUGCGGCAGCUACUCACACACCUUCAAGUCACCUGGUAUCUACUACUUUGAAACAGAGGCAUCGUAUGUGAGCAAUACAACUCACUUGUGUCUUGUCAAAGUAACGAAUUCUUUGAGACAACAUAAAAUUGAAAUUUUGGAUGAAGGUUUUGACCACAUGCUUCUAAGUGUUAUUGAGGGAGACUGUGUCUGGUGGAACUGGAACAAAAGAAAGUGUCAAAGGAAUCACAAUGUGAAGCAAGUUAACUUGGUUUAUGACAGAGAACAAUCUGUAAUUAUUAUUGACCCUGUAGCUGGAGGCUAUUGCAGCAAUCCUGCUCAAAGUCGAACAGGAGCUUGUCGUAUCGUGUACAAGCAUCCUGGAGUGACAUACUACACAAGUGAUGGAUGCCCAGACAAGUUCUGUGUUGUAGUUGUGAAACCAAAACAUUCAGAGCAUGUAAUUGAGUUCAUUGAAGAAGGAUUCAAGCCAAGUUUACAGUCCAUUAGCCAAGGAGAUGCUGUUCAAUUCACAUGGGAUACAACUCGAUACAACAAUGAACUCUUCGUGUCUGAGGUCAGUAGUUGUAAACCAGGCAAAAAGAAUGACAACGAACAGCCAACAGAAGCUGCCUUGAAGCUUCUUGAUUGGAGCAAGAUUGAACAGCUUAGUGAGGUAGGAUGUUUCGUUGAGCAAAUAAAAGAAGUCGGUGUCUACUACUUUCAAGCAAAGGCAAACAGUUAUAAUCCACAACAUAGAGAGUUGUCACUGCUAGUACAGCCAGCAUCUCAAGCAUAUGACAUUGAAGUGAGUGAGUCUGGUUUCAAACCGAAUCACAUUCAAAUUUAUGUCAACGAUCAAGUCUGGUGGCAAUGGAAUGUUACAGCAGGCUCGUGCAAUGUUGUCCAGGUUACUGAAGACAUAGAGCCUGUUGAAGGUGGAUUUAUUAGUGGCCCACCAACUGCAGUUGGAGCAUUUUUCCAUCAGUUUGAUAGUCCUGGUGUAUACUUCUGUACAAGUGGGAUGGCAUUGGCUCAUGAGUCUUGUGUUAUCGAAGUUCGUCCAAAGCUUCGUCUACAUGACAUUGAGAUUACCAGAUCGGAGGCUUUUCCUAAUGCAUUAACAAUCUGUCCUGGAGACUGUGUGUGCUGGAGAUGGAAUGAUGAUGGUGAUGAAUUCAGAAUUCAAGAAUUGUCCACAGAAACAAUAAAUGAAUUUACUACUAAUGGGAGGUCUUAUGCAAGAACUUUCUUUGUGGAGGGUGCUUACCACUUUCUCUUUUCAUCAGUCAAUGAGUCAGUUAAGUCGGUGACAAGCAGUAUCAUUGUUGAAACUCCACAAAGUUCCAAUUCAGUGCAGCUUAGUAGAGAUGGGUUUACACCUACUGUCACCACUAUAGCACAGGGUGACAGUGUUACGUGGUGGUGGAAUCAACCUGGUGAACUUCACAAUGUCUUUCAUGUAACUUCAACUGCAGGAAGUGGAAAUAAUUGCCAGCUUGUUCCAGUUGAUGGUCCCAGAGGCUUCUCGAGUGGCAAACCUGUUGCCAAUUGCAGCUUCUGUAGAGCAUUUGAUGAACCAGGAACAUUUAUUGUAGGCUCUGACGGAGCUCCUGGACGUCAAGGUGUUAUAGUUGUGAUCCAAUCUGCUUGUCAAGUAGCUCCACCUGCUGUUGCAGGAAACAUAUCAAACACUAUUUUGGUUGGUGACACUGUGUAUUUAACCUGCUUAACCGAUGAUGCAGACAUUACGUAUACAUUGGAUGGGACCUACCCAUCACUGCAGAAUGACAGUGCUGAGAUGUAUGACGCUGACGUUGGCAUUGUUUUUCAGUCGCCUGGUGCUUUUAUGAUAAGAGCACUAGCAAGCAAGGAGGAUAUGAUGCCAAGUGAAGUGAUGAUGUCAAGUCUAUAUUUUGUUAUCGAUAAUGUAACACAAGAUGAGCCAGACUUUCAUCACAUGGUAAGCAAUGUUAGUGAAACACAGCUGACACCUCAAUCUGACGCUGAAUCACUCCAUUCAAGCUCCAUGCAGAACAUUGCCACCUCUAACGACUUGGCUUUGUCAUGGAAUAUGCCAGUUCUUCAAUGGGAACCUGGAUUGAUGACUGGAUCUGGAACAAUUUCAUGGCCUUUGCUUGACUGGAUGCAGGAAAUGAGUACUCUUUCUCUCUUUAUUGACGGUGUAUUGUACCAUGAGAUGCUUGCAUUUGACCUGAACAAAGAGGGUGACGUCGUUGCAAGCCAUAAGAGAGUGGAACUCCAAGACUUGGAAUUUGACCAUACAUACACUGCUGUUGUACUGGCCAGACAUGAUGAAUCUGGUGUUGUUGUGUCCUCAGGGGAGAUGUCUUUCAUGUUGUCUCUUGAUGAGACAAGGCAGCAGACAAGCAACUUGGAGCCAAGAGACGCACCAACUGAACCAUCUAUUACAGAUGAUGAGAAAUUACAGCAAAUGAAUUAUUCGCAGAUCAUGGAGACACUAAGUGAUGAACAACAACCUCAGUUAGUUACAGAAGUCAAUGUUGAACAGUCAGAUCUAGUUGCAGCAGAAACUCAAGAUACAACGGGCGACAGUGUUAUUGCAAUAGUCAAAGAGCAACAAGGCAACAAAGUUCAUGAUGAACCAUCAGUAGAUGAGGCAACGGACAAUGAUCAGAAUGAUGACAAAAAUGAAGAUAUUGACAUUGGAACCUCAACUGACCCGACCCAAGCAGAAGACAUAGGAAUAGAAGAGGAUGUUGUGAAUACAUUGGAAGAGACAAAUGAGAAGACGUCAGUUUUACAGAAAAAUGACAGCAAAGAAACCGAUGAGUUUGCUGUUGAAAGCACAUUGGAUGAGGUUGAACAGUCAGUCCAUGGUAAAGCAAGUGAGGAAAGUACAGUUGGUAGCAAAGAAACCGAUGAGUUUGCUGUUGAAAACACAUCUGAUGACGUUCGACAGUCAGUCCAUGGUAAAGCAAGUGUGGAAAAUACAGUUAAUAUAACCGUAUUAGAUGAUGCUAGCAAUACAGAUGAGGAUGAAGCUACAAGUGAUAAGAGUUCAGUAGAAGGGGUUACAACAGUUGGCAUGGCAACAGAUGGGAAUACAAUAACGGCAACUGCAGCCAUGGAAGAUGCUUCUCUUAUUGUGUCUGCACCCGUUCCACGGCUUCUUUCUAAGUUGUGGAUAGGAGCAUAUGGCUCAGAGUCUAUUCAGUUUGCAUGGGAAGCUGUAGCUUGGGAUUUCUCUGAUGGUGGUUCACUGUUACUUCGAAUUGAGGGCAGGACAUUUUCAUCUGAUGUCGACAGUGUUUCCACAUACGUAAGUGAUAGUCAUGGAGACUUGGAAGAUGAUAUACUAUCAGAGGGACUUCGUGUUCAUUCAUGGAAACUGGCUAGAGUUGACAGCAACGUUUCUGUCUCUGGUUGUCUGCCAGGAUGCAGCUACAAAGCUUGGCUGUGUACUGACGUGUCAACUGGGCUUCUAUCCGAGUCAAUCCAAUUUACUGUUCCAUUGCUGCCUGAUGCACCUGUUUUGAAAAUUCUUGACAUUUCAGAGAAUGAAGUAACUCUUAGUUGGCUUGGAGUUCAUCUCAAUGAAGGAGCUGUUCUCGACAGUUUUCAAGUUUACAAGAAUGGCAAAACCAGUGGCCCUGUUUUGAGCAACUCUGUGCUUACAACAAAAGUGUCUGGAUUUGAAGAAGAUCUGCCAGAUGUAGUCUCCGUGGCUGCCAUCGUAUUACAAUCGUAUGAAUCAAGUAGCAAGCAAACGAAUGUCGAACGGCUUGCACUUCACUCUGAACCUGUAACAAUUUGCAAACCAGUCAGACCGUUGGCACCUCAAUUGACUCAUCAACCUGUAGAUCAAUAUGGAGCCAUUUGUAUUGCAUGGAAAAUGGUUGCCAGACCAACAGUAGUUACCGCAUUUGAUAUAUUAGUAGAUGGUAUCAGCUACCAGACUGUUCCUAUCGGUUGUACAGUGGGCACAAGCUUUGAUGGAUCUGCAGAAUUGCAAGAGGUGAGCAGCCAACAUUUGAGUGCAGAAACAAGCACAGAAGCAAGAGACAGUGUACAAAAUGAAGAGGUUUCAGCCAAUAAUGGACAAGUAGAGACCCAACAUAGUUUUGUUCUUACAAACUGCCAGCCAAGAAAGGCUUCAAGCGUAGCUGUUGUGGCUUUGGUUGGAGGCAAGGUAAUGGAGAUGGAGUCAGGUCGUGCUGUUUUAUUGCCAAGAGCAAGCUUAGAGUCCAAUUGUGUCUCUGUGAUAUGUGCAUCUGUACCGAAUCCUCCCAAAGUGAAAUUGGAGAAUGUUGAUCACUUGGGGAUUUCAUUCAACUGGGAAAGACCUGACGAGUUUGGAGAAGCUAAGAUAUCGGGAUACUUGGUGGAGAUAAACAAGCAUAGACAAGUCUUACUAAACGAGAAUGAGGAAUCGUACUUGCUGUCUGAUUGUGAGAUCGGCCGAAAAUAUCACUUUACGGUGACUGCUCUCACUGAACACAGAUGUCGUCAAGGAAAUGCAACAGCUAGCAAUAAAAGUUUGAUUGUAACUAAUGUAGGCGAUCUGGGUUAUGAGGCGGACACAGAAACCAGUCUUCUUGCCACACCAGCGAAAGCACAUAGAUCUCAUACAGAAGUAUCCAAUCACAGUUCAUUGCUGCUUGCUCGCUAUCCAGGCUGUCUUUCAAGUCAGCCGCUUACCGUGCGUUAUUCAGGAUUUGUAUUGCCACCUGCAGAUCUUGCUGUCAGUGAGCUGCAUGCCAGUUCUGUUGUAAUAUCAUGGGUUAAGGGACAGCCGCCUCACGUGGAGACACGGACAACUAAGGAACAAAGAUGGGCUGACAUGCCAAAGAAAGCACAAAGACAUGUUUUAGAACCAGAGAAAUUUUUGGUGAGGUGGUGGAAGAUCAAUGCACAAGCAGUAGAGCAGGCCGUUGAUGAUAACAGCAAAAGAGGAGACCAGAAAGAUGAAACGGUUGUUUGCAAGACUGUAGUGAAAGCUUUGUUUGGCGAUUCAUACUUUGUAGUGCUUUCUCCAUUGGAAACACAAACUAAGUACUGUGUCACUAUAGAGUCUCAGGCACGACUGUAUUGCAGUCCUCACUCAACUCGCUACCUCACACUGAAAGCACGAUCAGAACCAUUUGAGUUUAGUAGUGCACAGCCUCCAACUUGUGUGUCAGACUUACACAUCAUUGCGGUUUCAUUUACCCAAGUUGUGGUGUCGUGGUCGCCACCAGUCGAAAAGGGGAUUGUUGUAAAGUGUCUUGAAGUUACUGUACAAAGUAUAGAUGGUGGAUGUUGUGCGCAGAAAAUUAUCAGAAUGCCAGCAUCGACAUGCAGUGUUGACUGUCUUAAUCCCAAUUCUCAAUACAUCUUCACAGUUUGCUCACAUACCAAGACAAUGGAUGAAGUCAAAUGUGAAGGAAGGAGCACUAAGUAUCCUUCACUGUCUGCAUCAAUUGUUGCCAAUACAUUAGGAUUGACUCCAGCUGGCCAACUGAAGGUUGUGUCUCGAAAUUAUGACUCGACAUCAGUUACAUGGUGCCCGGCUACUCCUCAUGGGCCAGUAUUUAUUGACAAGUAUGUAAUUCAAUGGCGAGAAGCAUCAUCUGGUUUGGCUUCCCAGAUGUCCAAAGGCUGUCCGGCUUUUGACCUUGAAUGUGUGAGCACUGUUGAUAUUUGUAGAGAUAGUGUAUGGUCGUCAAAAGCAGUCAGUUGUGAAGACUGUAACUGUACUAUUGGGAAACUCAUUUCUGGUUUGAUGUACUGCUGUCGGGUGGUUACUGUGCUCAAAUCAACUGUUGUUUCAAUCGAUGCUUGUCAGCACACUGACGAUGCAACAGAGACAAUACCAAGCACAUUUUGGUAUGUUGGAGAUCUACUCUAUUUUAGAUCUUCUGUCACUGUUGGCAAGCCUCAACUUCUCAUCUCAGCUUACUCAACAUCUGAUAUUCAACUCUACUGGCCAAAGCCUGAGAUGCAAGUUCCAGUUCAAGUCGAUAAUCAAGGACAGAUUGCUGACAGAUUAGAUGAUUACAAUCCGCAAUACAAAGGUGUUGUCAGUGUUUUGGCGAGUUAUAGAGUGAAUGUCGAUGGAUUGCUACUGAGCACACUUCAUAGUGAACAGAACAAAUACAUUGUUACUGGGAAGCAACCAGGCACUGAAUAUCGGUUAACCCUUGAUGCCUUGUCAUAUGGUGAAGGAACAAGAAAGAGGAAAUCAAUAAAGGGUAAAAGGGGUGAUGAUUCGCUGCCUGACGACUUUGACAUUGCUACUUCAGAUGAAGUUGUCAUAUUGCUGCCUGAUCUUCAGAAGCAUCAAAUCACCUCACUUGCAUGUCAUUUUACUCUUCUGUCUCAGCUAUAUGAGGCAAAUGAUCUUCAGAGUGAGGAGUCAUUGGACUCCAACUGUGCUUGUGGAGUAAUUGCUGUUGAGUGGCAGACCAAUGAGAAAGAUAGUUCUCUCACAGCCUUUAGAAAGUUUGUUGUUCAUUGGUCAUCUGACAAGGACCUAACAGAUAAGUCAGUGUCCUUGUCUGGGUCAGCUUAUUCUUACAACAUUUCAUCUCCUAAACAGAGGCACGUGUACAGUGUGAUAGUGGAAGCUGUAUAUGUGGAUAUGGAUGGUACAACUUCAUACAUGUCACCCGCUGUUCAUUGUCAGGUGCCUGGACCUCCAGAUCCUCCUCAGUUGUGGCUACAUGCUGCAACCGAUGAGAGCUUUACUAUAGCAUGGAGUGAGCCACAGACUUACGGCAAUGUAAAAAUCAAAGGAUAUCAGACAUAUCUAAAUGGCAAGAAAGCAGGAAAUCUUUUGGACACGGUUCAUCGUAAAGCAGCGAUACCAUACAGAAAACACAAGCUUUAUGAAGUGACAAUGGUUGCUGUUAGUGACAGCAGAGACUUUGGAGAUUCACCACCUUCACAUCCUGUUUUAAUUGAAGGUGCUACUUUGUUUACAAUGUCCAAACCCAUGACGUCUCUCAAAAAAGUAAAAUUUGAGAUUGAGGCAGACACUGAUGGGUCAUCUCUGGAUACUAACAAAGUAUCGGGUCAAAUAUCAUCAUCACUGAGGAGUUCACAACAGACAAAAGAUAAACAGAAGUCAUCAGGCAAUACGUUCUUGCGGUCUAGCAAGCUAGUAUUGCAAGUCAACUGUGUAGAAGUGACAGCAAACUCUAUUUCACUUGACUGGAAAGAAUUUAUUGCAUCCAAUGAUGUUGUUGGGUAUGAGAUUCAGUGGAGCAGUGUUGCUUCUCCAGCAUCAAAGAAAGUAGCAAUUAGAGCUGAUGAGCAGUCACACGUGCUGACCAACUGUCAGAUGGGAACAUCUUAUUUCAUUCGUGUAGUGGCUUUGGGAGAUAAGAAUUUUACUUUGGCAAGAUCUAAACAACUUACCAUACAGACAGCUGCUCCAACUGGACCUCCAAAUAUGACUGUCAAAAGUGUAAACGGAUGUGAUGUUUUGCUCUCCUGGGAAGAGCCAGAACUGUUUGGUCCAACUCAUUUGAUUGGCUAUAAAUUGCAAAUCGAGUGUGAGGGCAGCUGUAAAGUAAUAGAGCUAAAUUCUAAUAUUACAGAAUACCAAUUAAAGUGUCAACCAUGCCUAUUGCAUACAUUUAGUGUCAAGGGAGUAACUGCUGAGUGUGGUGAUAGCGCCAAUUCGUCACCACUUACUGUGGUUUGUGAUGGUGUUUUGCCACCUCAAUUAACAAGAGUUGCAACAGGCACAGCAGGAACAAUUAAAGUGUGCUGGAAUCUUCCUACUGUACAAGGGAACAUUAAAAUUAGAUCAUACCAAAUAUUUUGGUUAAGUACAAGUAAUUCAAAUGUUGACAUGUCAGUUAGUCAGAUCAUUGAAGAUCCAGCUAUUAUUUGUCAUGGUCCACAGAGACCAUCAACGUUUGAAGACCAGCUAACAGGCAUUACGACAGGUUGCUGUUGGGUUGUAAUUGCUGUACACUCUUCUCAAGCUGAAGUGGUUUAUUCCAUACCACUGAAGGCAUACACAGCACGACGUCCUGAGCCUCCAACUAUUAUCAUUAAUGUUGUGAAUCUGGAUGAUCGGAAAACACUUGAAACAACUGCUCUUCAGUUGAUUUCACAAAGGGAUGGUUUACAGUUGAAACUUCACUGGCAGAAGUCAAAGCAAAGUCGCAAAUCAGUAAAGAAACGAGAAAAAGAGGUGUCCAAGUUGUCACAAACACUUGCUGCUGUUGAGAAGGAAUUGAUGAACUGUUUGAAGGCACUCAAGCGACAAACAGGUUAUGCUUCAGUUUGUGUCCAGUGGGAACGGCCAUGGGAUGAUGGAGACGCAACUGUGACUGGUUACCAGCUAAUUGUAGACGGUUCGUCAUGGGGAAAGCAACUACCAUCAUCUGCAAAUGAUGUCAUUUUGAAGCUUGGUAUCAGUAACCCAAGUUAUCAAGUGCAACUGAUUGCAUUGACUGAACAUUCUGUGGGCAACAGCAUCCCGAGUAACACAGUUUCAGUGUCAACAGUGGAAUUUCAACCAUUUUCAUUUUAUUGUUUUUCCAAUGUUCACAAAGAAAACUCAGAGUGGCCUGACCAGGGAUCCUGUCUGUAUAUGGAUUCGCUAACAUAUGAGCUGACUCGUCUUCCUACUACUAGCUCAGCUGUUUAUCCUCAUUUGGGAUUUCUUGCACCUCAUCCUCUACAGUCACCUUGCAGGGUAAUCAGUCUCUCUAAUGGCAAGUGGAAUAGUCUAAUAGCGAUGAGUGCCGACAUACCUAAGCCAUCUGUAGUCUUAUUUUGGACAAGAUGGUGUAGACCUUCUUUGACAGUCAUGAAACACUUUGUUCAUCUUGCUGACGACAUGCACGAUGAGUGUUGUUUUGUUGCGUGUUGCGUUGAUGUUUCUGGCAUGGACAGUCACUUGGUACUUCGUCAACUAGUCCAACAAACAGUGACAGAACAAAACUGGGAUCGUACGCCAGAUGUGUUGCAACAUGCUAUUACUCCUAGGCGAAGCAGUAGUGAAAUGGAGUCACUAUUGGAUAUAUUGGGCAUUGUAGGAGUUCCUACAUGGGUCAUUUUUCAUCCAUCAGGAUAUGUAGGUUGGCAAGGUCGUAUUGUAUUUGAAUCAUACAAGGACUUGAAGGCUUAUGUUGACAGUGUAGUGGAUAUGGUGUUAGGGAGAAAGGACUAGAAAGAUAGGCUAGAGUGCUUCUUGUUCUUUUUUAAAUGUAUUUUCUAAGUGAUAGUUUUUACUUAUAAGUUUUAAGUAUUUUCUAUUUAUCUUUAUGCUGCUUGUGUGAAAGGUUUAUAGCAUUGUAGUUUCUAUAUAUGGACUAGAAGAUCUAGAGAUGACA